GUGUGUGUGUGUGUGUGUGUGUGAGCGAGAGAGAUAUUCCUUUUUUUAUUUUCCCUGUGAGUCAUCCAUGCUGCAAAUCAUCCACACUGCUGCUACUGCUGCGUGUAUGUGCAAGGAUUCGAUUAUCGAUUUUUCUACGGCUCCUGCUUCCUUCCUUCGGCCGAGCGUCCCUUGUGAGUGAACGAGCAGUGUGUGUAUGUGUGUGUGUGUGUGUCAGAGCGCAAAUAGCGAGAGAAAAGCAAAACAACACGCUGCACGGACACCGUACGUACGGUGGGGCAAGAAAACGUUCGUGAGUGUUCGAAUUUCGUGCACCCUUGCCGGGCCGAUCACACAGUUUCCUUUCCCCCACCACCCACGCCUCCCUCCCCACCAACGGCUUGACGUACGCGUGUGUUUUGCAAUCUGCUGCUGCUGCUGCUGCUACUACUAGUCGGGCAACGCUGCCACACAUUUGCGGUAAUCACCAUACCGUCCGUCUAUUCGUUUGUUUGUGUCACCUCCAGUAACACUUCUACACACACCUCCUACCUACCGCGUACCGCCAUCGGAUAAGAAAAGAUUAGCCAAAAAAAAAAAUACCGAAACAAAACAACACAAAAAGAAGAAGCAGAGCAAAAAAACGACCCUCAACACCCUUACCCUCCCCCACUCCCCCCCAAAAAACCCCACCACCCUCUCCCAUCCCCAGGCCCCAACAAACACAUCAGUCGUCUGGUCCCCCCCCCUCCCCCGCAAAAAACGAGCAGGAAAGCAGAAAAGCAGAAAGGGGGGCGAGGGGAACAAAAAAAAGAAGGGAGGCGACGGGGGUUUUCUUGCCCCCUUUUUUUUUGUCUUACGGCUCGUUUGCUUCCCGUUGUGCGGCAAAAAAAGGUUGUCCUUGCACGCGUGUGUUUUAUUUGUGUGCGUGUGUAUUUGUGCGUGUGUGUGUUUUUGUGUGUUUGUGUGUGUAUUAUCAUCCCAAAACACGUCCUUCCCUAACAAACCAACAACAACAACAACAACGACGAAGCAAACAAAGAACACAAACUCGGGCCUCCCUUGAAGCACAGGCGGCCGCCGCGCCCCCGCAUAACCAAAGGGGUUAAAAGCACACACACACAUACACCUUUCCACACAUUCCCCACACACACACACGCAGACGAGCACACGAGGAGGUGGGGCGGGCCGCCGCUGGGACGCAAUGGUCAGCUCGACCGUUGCCUUCGACCGGAAGCCACCGGCCGCUGCACCGGUAGAGAGUGCCGGCGCGGCCGACCGCCACGAUGAUAGCAGCCCUUUAUCCUCCACCACCUCCUCCUCCUCCCUGCCUUUCAGCGGUGCGGCAGUCGAGACGGCAGGCGGCGGUGCGGUGCUGACGACCGGAACGGACGCAACGACGGCGGCGGCGGCGGCGGCGGCAGCCGGGCACGAGCUCAGCCUGAGCGAGCAGAAGAUUUCGCUGCUGUUCCCGAAGUGCAAACCGCGCAGUGACUACCACCACUAUGUCCUGAGCAGUGGUGCGAGUGCAAACGGUGGUGGUGGUGGUGUCGGUGGUGGUAGUGGUGGUGGUGGCAAAAACAGUAACAAUAAUUGUCUGAUGGACGUCGGCAGCCUGUCGCUCGGGACGUACGUGACGCGCACGAGCCCGCCGACGGUCGCCACAGCGCAAGGGGCCGGACCGGCCAAGGUGUACAUGGACAUGGGGACGUUCGGCAAUAACAAUGGCGGCGGUGGUGGUGGUGGUGGUGGUGGUGGUAGUGGUACGGGCGAGUUUGAGUACGGUGCGGAGAAGGAGCUGGUCGUCGGCAAGGGCGGCAGCAAUAACAGCAACGUCACCAGCAACAACAACAACAACAACAACAACAACAACAAUAACAACAACAGCAGCAGUACCGGCAACGCAGGCAGCGGUAGUGCCGGUGGCAACAACAACCACUACGGUGGCAACAUCAAGGGCGAACUGUACGGGGGCAUCGGUGGGGGCAGCACCGGCGGCAGUGUGAAGCACGGUGCGCCCAAUCAAUCGGCCGCCAAGGGGGGCGGCAGCACCGUCCCGGACGGGUACGGCUACUACUACAGCAAUCAACCGCCGCCGCUGACCUGUUCGCCAACCGAAACUCAAUCUGCUAUCAGCGCCGCGUUGGGCAACGGGGGUGGUGGUGGUGGUGGCCCCUCCACCGGUCUUCUCCUGUCCGACGAGGACGACACGCGGGACGAGCGGCUGAAGCGGGAGGCUGCCGGUGCGGGACCGACCCCACGAUGGAUGGAGCGCAACUACUGCCACCUGUCCGUCUCGCACUACCCGUCGACCGGGCACAAGUCGAAGGGUGGUGGGCUGGGGGUCGGUGGCGGCAGCACUGGUAGUGGUGGUGGCGGUGGUUCGAUGAUGCAGCCACCGAAGCGGGCGAGUGUGGUGGGGUCCGGCUCCACCUACAAGCCGGUGAGCUGCUACAACAUGGUGCUGCAGUCGCCGCUCGAGGACGAGAGCGACAUGGAGGACAAGCUGAAGUACUUCAACUACCAGCACGAGAUGCAGACGUACAACGGUACGCGCAAGGACAAGCUCGGGCUCGGGGGCUAUGGUGCGCUCGGGGGUGACGGUGGAGCCGCCGGUGAGGGUGAGAUCGUUGUGCUGAGCAGCAAUGCCAAGGAGCACGGCAACACGCUGUCGGUGGCGCAGCCGAAACAGCAGGACCUGCCGGACGAGGGGCCGACCGCCCGAAAGGGGCUGCUGCACCUGGGGCAGAAGCUGGAGCACGGACCGCACGUGGGGCUGAGCGUGGCCAGCCCGAGCGUGGAGCAGUGCGAGCCCGCGGUCGACUUUGCCGACAAGCUGCUGGGACACUAUCCGGCCAAGCGGGACGAGGGAGAGGCGGAGCUAGCGGAGAACAAGUCCCAAAGCACCGGGUCGAACAUUAUCGAGUACGACGGUUCGCCGCGUCGGUUUGGCCUGAACCUCUGCGACGAAGGCGACUGCUACCUAGCGUCCAGCGUGAAGAUAAACCUGACGUCACCGUCACUGCUAUCGCUACCUCGUCCCGGAUUCCCCCAGCGCGUAGUACCCGCUACAGUCGGUACUGCCGGCAGCGGCAGCAGUAUGGCUGGCACCGUCGCUCAAACGUCCUCCACCAAUGCCAGCUGUUCGCCUUCGCUGCUCGAUCAGGUCAACUCCACCCUCAGCAAGACGCUGCUGCUCGAUUCGAAACGAUCCGCAAACGAUACCGAAUGUACGAGCAGCUACGGCGCUGGAGAGCUUUCCAAAGUUUCCGGGACGCGCAAGGAACAGCAGCAGCAUCAGCAGCAGCAGCAUCAGCAGCACCACGACCAUCACAUCUACGACAUGCUGCCCGGCAAGCUGUCACCGUCCGAGAUGGGCGGCAAGACGAGCCUGGAAAAGUUGCAGCUGAGCGCCCAAACGCCCGAGAACGAGCUGCAGCACAUCGGCGGCACGUCCGGCUUUCCGCCGAUCGCCAACUCCUCCACGUUCGACUAUCUGUACGAGUUUUCGGAGACGCGCAAAGUGCUGGAGGAGUUCUUCAAGUGCCCCUCGACCGAGGACGUGGAAAAGUUCAGCGACUACAAUGACAGCGCAGAGGAGGAGGACGAGGAGGACGGGGAGGAGGAGGAUGGGGAGAGUCUGGACGUGCACUACGACUAUCCGGUCGAGCUGGAGCGCUCGAAAACGAUCGAAACGACGUACAUUGGCAACGUGAAUGGGGCGGCAGGCAAGCAGGACACGCUGGUGCGCUCGCCCAAGUCGCCGCUGCUGGGUGACGGGCCGGCCCGCCGGGAGGAGGACGACGACACAGCCGACGUGGAGGACGAGGAAGAGGAGGAGGACGGAGAGGAGGAGGACGAUGAGGACGACGCGAAGCCAAACGGGUUGGCGAAGUACAGCUACAAGCUGAAGAGCAAAUCGACCCGGCUGUCCGACUACUGCGGGCUGCGCAAGAAGAAAUCGGAGGCCCAUCUGAAAGGCCACAGCGGUGGCAACGGCGGUUUGGGGGUGGUGGAUGUGUCGGAUCGGUACUGCAGUGCGGCCGAGUACGACCGGCGGGAAGAUGACGGUGUGCGGCUGUCGCUAAAGUCCACCCUCCAGUCCGCUAGUGAUGCGCGCGACUACGCCAUGUACGUGCAGAGUGGCCUGCUGAAGAGCUACCCGGAACAGCAGCAACAGCAGCAACAGCAGCAACAGCAGCACCAGGCUGAACCACCGAACCAGCCACCCAACCAGCAUGCCAACAUGGGCGAGCUGCGGUUCAGCGCGUACAUCAACGGGGAGAGCCGCACCAGCAGCUACGAUGCCAUCAACGAGGCGAACUACGACGGCCAUCCGAUGAUCUCGAACGGCAGCGACAAGGACCCGCUGCACUACUCGCUCAACGGGGACGGUGGCGACGGGCGCAAGGUGUACGCGCGCAAGUACAGCAAAAACUUCAACUACUCGCCCGACACGACCGACUACGACUCGAACUGUGGCGACUACGAUAGCGAAAUCUCGCCCCAGUACGGCAGCGACUUCGGGCUGAUCUCGGGCAACGGGGCGACGAUGUGCGAUGAUCUGAACAAUGGCGUGAUCAGUGCGACCUCGGGCGCACCGUCCGGCCCGGGCGAGUCGCUCAACUGUCUGUUCGCGAACAAUGCGAACAACUACACGCGCUACUACGCUGCGAUGCCGGUGCUGGAGGACGGGCUGUCCAGCGGGCACGUCUCCGACUCGGAGAACAAUCUGAGCGCGAACCCGAUGACGGGCCUGCUGCCGCCCGACCUGGUCACGGUCGGCAGCGUCAAGCAACACGGGCAGGCUGGCAGCAAUGGUGGCAUGAUGCAGUCGGCCGGCCCGGCCACCGGCCCGUACGGUUUGCUGGGCGCACAGUCACCGUCCGUUACAGCGAAGCCAUCGAUAUCCUCGUCACCUAGCAUGUCGAAGGAGAUGAAAGCCGCACAAGGUUCACACGUACAACAACAGCAGCAGCAGCAGCAGCAGCAACAACAGCACCAACCACAACAGCAGCAACAGCAGAACCAAGGCACGAACGUGGAGGGCUACUUCGUCAACAACACCUUCCGCAUGGGAAAUCUCAAGCUAAACUCUAGUAUGCUGCACAACGCCAGCAUAUUUAAGAAUCGCGACCCAGAGCUGGAGUCUCUCUACACCAUAAAUACUAUCCAAUCGACACCGCCACCUCCAGCCCCAGCACCGCACAGGAAGUCUUCGAUCGAUUGUGAUAACAUGUCCCUGUUGCAGCAGCAGCAGCAACAACAACAACAACCGGGACAGCAGCAAAAGCAACACCAGCUGCAACAUCUACAGCAACUUCAGCAGCAGCAACAGCAAUCGCAACAGCAACAGCAGCAGCAAGGGCAACCCCAACAACCGCAACAAUCACAGCAACAGCAGCAGUUCAACCACGGCCAGACGACCAGCGCCGACGUGCAGUCCACGCUCAAGGACAUUCGGCUGUGUCUGCAGAAGACGAAGAGCCUGAACCUAGCUAGCGGCAACCAAUCGCGGAAAGCGUUCGACAAGGGCAGCCUGUGCGCGACCGGCGACUUUCCGGACCCGCUCGGCCCGGUGGGCAGCGGGACGGUCGGAACCGGCGGCAGCGGUGGCGGCGCCGGCACCGGCCCGAGCCUCUCCCCGAUCUGGAUACCGCGCACACGCGCCAGCGACGACUUUGCCGGCAAACCGCUCGCAGUGUCAACGGGCCCGACAGCGGCCAGCGGCACAGGAGCGCUGUCCAACGGGCUGCAGCCCGGGGUCGGUGUAUCUGGGCCGUCCUGCAAGCUCUCCUCCUCGCCGGUCUGCUCCAAACCGGUGGCCGUCGCGGGGCCCGAUUUCGCCGACGAGACGGACGUACUGAUCGGACAGGGCGCUGGUGGGCCAGCCACGAAACCGCUGGCCCUGGUGGACGAGGACGAGGACCCGGACACCGAUCUCGAAACCGACCGUCUGCUCGGGCACCAGCGGCUCGACGACCAGGGCUUCUACGACGAGAGCGGCAGCGGCAAGCUGUGGAGCACGGGCGAGCGCAAGACGGGCGCCUCGCGCCUGCUCACCCUCGGCAAGGUCUCGCCGAAGCAGCAACAGCAGCAGGGCGCAUCCCAACCGGCCGGUGUGGCCGGUGGCGCAGCGCGGGAUACGGCCGCGAACGGGAAGCUGCCAGCCGCCGGUCCACUCGGCGAACGGCUCACUGGCUCGGUGGGCGUACGCAACGGUCCCCAGCCGAACGGAAGUGCCGGGGGAAGCAGCUUCCUUCCCGGGGGUGGCGGCAGCGGCAGCUCGACCGGCAUGGCGGGCUCCGGCGCCAGCGUUCCCCUGCCAGAUCUUGGUAUUACGGCCGCGGCGACGCUGCCGCCAGCGUCCGGCGCGCCCAGCACGGUGAAUGGUGGCGCCGGCGGGACGGCCAGCGCCAAGAGCGCCAAGCCACCGAGCGGCAACCUGAUCAACUUCAACGGUCCGAACGAGCCGCAGACGCAGCUGACGUCGCCGAAUCCGAGCCCGCAGCACUCGCUCGGUGAGGGCAACCUGCUGGACAAGUCGAACGAUUCCGGCAGCCCGGGCGGGUCGACCAAAUCGAAAUCGCUGCACAACAACGACUCGAAGCGAAAGUCGAAGAACAAGGAGGUUCUUAUUGAAGGUGUCCUGUUCCGGGCCCGUUACCUAGGAUCUACCCAGCUCGUGUGCGAAGGACAGCCCACAAAGUCGACCCGCAUGUUGCAGGCAGAGGAAGCCGUAUCUAGAAUAAAGGCUUUGUCACCGGACGGUGAGGUUCAGCCCAGCACGGAGGUCGACCUGUUCAUCUCGACCGAAAAGAUCAUGGUGCUGAACACGGAUCUGAAGGAGAUCAUGAUGGACCACGCGCUCCGCACCAUCUCCUACAUUGCCGACAUCGGCGAUCUGGUGGUGCUGAUGGCCCGGCGCCGCUUCGUGCCGCAGGACGUCGACUCGACCGACUCGUCGGGCGGGGCAGGCACUGGCUCGGGCACGCACACGGCCGGGCACGGGGCGGGCAGUGGCAGCACGCCCUCCCAGAAGCUGGCCGGCGGCCCGAAGGGCAACCGGACGCCGAAGAUGAUCUGCCACGUGUUCGAGAGCGAGGAGGCCCAGUUCAUUGCGCAGAGCAUCGGGCAGGCGUUCCAGGUCGCGUACAUGGAGUUCCUGAAGGCGAACGGAAUUGAGGACCACAGCUUUAUGAAGGAGAUGGACUACCAGGAGGUGCUGAACAGCCAGGAGAUCUUCGGCGACGAGCUGGAGAUAUUCGCCAAGAAGGAGCUGCAGAAGGAGGUGGUGGUGCCGAAGGCGAAGGGCGAAAUACUCGGCGUGGUCAUCGUCGAGUCCGGCUGGGGCUCGAUGCUGCCGACGGUCGUGAUCGCGAACCUGGCGUCGGCGGGGGCGGCCGCCCGCUGCGGCCAGCUGAACAUCGGCGACCAGAUCAUCGCGAUCAACGGGCUGAGCCUGGUCGGGCUGCCGCUCUCCACCUGCCAGGGGUACAUCAAGAACACCAAGAACCAGACGGUGGUGAAGUUCACGGUCGUGCCGUGCGCACCGGUCGUGGAGGUGAAGAUCAAGCGCCCGAACACCAAGUACCAGCUCGGCUUCAGCGUACAGAACGGUGUGAUUUGCAGCCUGCUGCGCGGAGGAAUUGCGGAGCGGGGCGGUGUUCGCGUGGGCCACCGCAUCAUCGAGAUCAACAACCAAAGCGUCGUCGCGGUACCGCACGAAAAGAUUGUGAAUCUCCUAGCCACGUCUGUUGGUGAGAUACUGAUGAAAACCAUGCCGACGUCCAUGUUCCGACUGCUCACUGGACAGGAGAAUCCGAUAUACAUAUAAAUUUGUCAUUUUUGCUCGCAAGCGGCAGGAACCACCGAGCAGGAGGCCUACGCUUGCGGGAGGCAGAUGUUUUGCAGGAAGGGAAAGAAGAAAUAAAACACACACACACACAAACACAGACACACAAUUACACACAGACAACGUUCGAAAGCUAUGUGUGUACACGUUAUGAUUUCUCUGUAUGGGGUAUAUAUGAAGAAAAACGCGAUUAUCUAUGUGUGUGUGUAUAUUUAUAGCAAUCUUUUUGGAAUUGAUUCAUAACCUUGGCCUUGCAAACUUACAUAAUUAUCGUUAUGAAUAUAAUAUAUACAAAAAAAACACACACACACGAACACACUCAUAAACACUCACAAAGGUACACUAACACACAUAAUCGCAGAUCACAAAACGCUUUACGCCAUACGUAACCCAAAAAAAAGAAACUGAUACAUACCAGGGUGUGCGGAGACGCAUAGUAUAUGCCCAGGGCCUCAAUACACAUUAAACGCAAAACCUUGGCUUUACAUAAUGGCAUUUCACGAGUACAUGUAUAUCGUUGGGUUCAACAAUUAAAGAAGGCAACAACAGAAACAAAAAAAAAAACGUAAGGUAUUAAACAGUAUAGCUUUUGCAGAUUUGGUGGUAGCGAGUCCGGAAGCCACAAAAUAACAAGACGUGCAGAGCAACAGAAAAGAAGAAAAAAAAUGGAAGCUAUAGAGUUGAAGCACAAGCAGGCAAAACAAAGAGAGAAACAAAUACGAAACACUUAUCUAUCGAUCACAUUUCACUAAUGGAGCAGAGCUAGGAGAGGAACAAAGAAAAGCAAAAUAUAAAAAAAAAUAAACAAAAAAAAAACAAAAACAUCCAAACCGAUCAGACCGGUGCAACAACCAAAGAGAUACCAUUUAUUGUAACUACCUUAAUGGGGCAAGGCAAAAUGAGCAAGCUGAAGGUAAGGCAGAGAAUGAGUGAACUUGUAGCGAACAAAAAGCAAAACAAGGAAAAACUGGAGAAGAAGAAUAAGAAUCUCAGAAACUGAUAUAUUUUUUGAAAUCAUUUAAAUAAGCAAAAUUAAGCUAAAACUGCAACACUCUGAAAGCCAGGAACGCAAACACAAUGGUACGCUAGAAUGAGGAACAGAAGAAAGGCAACAUACACAUACGUACACACAAACAUAUACAUACUAACCAGCAGCUAACAAGACCUUCGUUCUCCCACUAGGAGAGAGAGAGAGAGAGCGAUAAGCUUAGUGGCUUGGUAGUGGAGCCGCGAACACGAUGGCAUGAGCUAUGAGAACCUUGAACCGGAGAGCGUAAACUCACUAUUGAUCUGGUUCGCCAUUAUACUUUUUCGAUGCUACUACGUUGUGGUAAACGAAGGCUAUAAUUUUGUUUAAAAAAAAGUAAAAAAAAAUGACACACAAACAUACGCACACCACAAAACCCAAAGCCGUCGAAAGGGAAGGCAAAGCGCGAAAGUCUAUCGAUGCAGGUGGGUCCAUAUUCCCACUGCUUCAUCCAUAUCGCUUCUGGAGGUACAAAACAGCCCUCAUCGAGGAAAAGUACUCACCGGCUACUUGCGCUCCAUUAUAAUAAACAAGCAAACCAAACACACUCACACAUACACACGAAAAACUACUCUACUGUCCAUAUAUUGUGUAAAGGGAUUUAUAUCGGUGGGAGUUGUUUAAGAUUGAAUGGGUUAGCUGUCCAUUUAAAGGCAAUAUUGCAACUGGGGUGUAGCGACAAGUAGUAACUAUGCCACUGGCACACGGUCUACAAUGCGUGGGUGAUGACGUGAUGGAGAACAAGGCUAGCAGCAAGGAACCACAGUAGAAAGAAGAAACUUUAAACACCGUCCUUAAGCAGAAGAGAAAAUGGAGCCCGAGACAGACAGCACAUAAAACAAGUAAGCAGAAAAAAACACAGAAGAAACAUUAAAAUGCUCAUACCAAGAAGGCAAUCGCACGGCAGUGAAAGAGAGGGGGGGAUAUUUGCUAGGCCGGUGGUUACAGCUCUCUUACAGCUUCUGAAUUUGUUAAUUACGAGUAUAUGCAUGUCUUCGGUUAGCAACUCGCCCCUGCCGAUGAACUCUGUAACCUUAGAGGUCCUAACGCAUUGGGGCAACCAUGUUUGAGGAAGCGGUAAAAAAGUAUUACACAAAUUGCAGUGGACGGGGAAAGGGAAAUGAAAUUCUAUGAAACAUUUCUUUACAUAACGCUAUCGCUUUUCGUACGCCGUGAACAGUAUUUGCUUUCGAUUUUCGACUAAUGUUUUCGACUACCAUUUCGACCAAUGUUUGUUUUGAUUCGCGUGUUUAUUUUUAUAAACUUGUAACGUAGCGUGACGCGUCGCGUAACGCUGUUACGAUUUUGCGGCUACUGGGCCGGUGGCUAUAGUGCAACCAGAACAGUAAACCAUUGCACACGGUCGACGGAAUGUCAAGUUAACUGCUGAAACGUUGCGCAACGUUCAAUCAAGACAGUGCAGUAGCAAGCAAAGCAAAGACGCAACAGAAAGUAAAAAUAAAUAAACAACCAACCAAAUGGCCGGCUAUUUACGAACCAAUGGUUUGACAAAUUUAUCGGGAAAAUGGUUUUGGAUAUUUACUUCUGCAAUUUGUAAAAAAAAAAAAACAAACAAACAAACAAACAAACUAAACAACACAUUUGAGGGUGUGCUGUGUCUGAACAAAAUAAUAUGAGUAAAUAUUAGAUAAAUGUAAAGAACAAAACAAACAAAACCAUGCAUACAACUAACAUACACAUACACACACAAAAGAAAACAACCACGCGCGCGCAAAAAAGAAGCAAAGAAGCAACAACAACAAAAAAACACACAAGGGAAUAGUAGCAAAAGGCGCAAAAGCAAACGGGGGAAAAAAAGGACAAAACAAUUGGCCGCGAUUACACGAAUGAAGCAUGCAGCAAAAUUUAAACAAAAAAAAAACAAAUAAACAGCUAAUCAAAUCAAUUAAACAAUGUAAUAACUUAACUGUCAUCUUGUGUAACGUAUAAAUACGGCGUUUGAUAGCUACUAACAAAACCAAAACAAAAAAAAACCGAAUGCGUAUUUAUCACUAAAACAAAACAGAACAAAACUACUGUAUAUUAGCAUGGGCUGAAAUAAAUAUACAUAUAUAAAACAUA